UAUUGGGACAGAUUACUCUCUCUAUUUUCGGAAAUCAUUGAUGCACAUAACUCCCUGGCUGCUGCCUUCUCCUCAUUACAGAAAAAAACUGCAAUUCUUGGAAGAAAAAGUUCCAGACCAUGAAGACCACAACAGGCCAAACAAUGUUCGGAUCUGCAGGGUCCCGGAAGCUAUCAAACCGCAAGACCUAACAAAAUUUGUGCAAGAGCUGUUUAAG